CUGGGGAACUCCUGACUUGCCUUCACAAUGAAUGCUCAGCUGUGCUACUAAUCUCCACACCUUUCUUUCUUUUUUUCUUCCUAUUCCACAUUGCCGUGCAUUCCCUCGUCAAGUUCUGAUCAAAGUGCGCUCACUUGAUCGGGGUGCUCUGCCUACCAUCGCUCUGUUUUGUCCACUUCCAGUCCAGCCGGAUAAUCGCCCUUCCCUCUGCGAAGCCCCCCUUCCCCCGGGCCAGUCACUCUUUCUGCGGUGUAAAACCGAUCGACCAACAGCUCCUCUAUAUCCAGCGCCUGCGACAGCUAGAGUGAGCAUACUUCUGGGCUCGACUGUUCCUGCGAAAGGAUUUCAAUUUAUCUCUGUGAGGCCUGAACCAUGGCCACGACAGAGGGACCCGCCAGGGCGCAUGAUCGCAAUGGACGUCGGCACCCCUUCUCCAGUUGGAUGAAACGACUUGCUAGUUUGAAACACUCGACCGAUUCAGGUUCCAACCGUUGGUCUCACAAGCGCCAUGCGAUGCCGAAACACAAGAACCGCAGUUCGAAGAAUAACCCUUACCCACUUUCGGGAAAUGACACCGUCACCAAUCCGUAUGGGGAUUAUGUUAGCGAUGCUACUGCGUCGGAUGUUAGUGCCGAAACUGAUGAGCAGUCUUGCUCUCGAAGUGAACCUUCAAUCGCAUAUUCUGGAUACGAGCACCAGGUCCCCGCCACCAGCGCCAAAUCCACUGCACCAACUAUAUCUACCAACGGCGACACAGCUAUAUCAGAUGCAGCAUAUUCGAAAGCAGGCACAAUGGUCACAGCUGGGGGAGGGAUCAGCUCCCACGGCGGAGGCGAAGGAAGCACCUUUUCAUCCCCCGCGCCGUCCGUCCGGUCCCUGACCACAACAUUGACCACUGUUCAAUCGGCGGCGCCAUCGGGCCACCUCUACAAUUCUCAAAAUCUCCAUCAUGGCCUUGCUCAUACCAACUCUUUACAGAAUCAUGCGACCCAGCAAGUCCAGUUUUCUCAUCAAUUCCCUUCCUCGCCGGCCACGGCUGUCCCGCCCCACCUUACCCCUCACGGUCACUCGGUAACUUAUAGCACGGCGACGGCGAACAACCUCCUGACAGACAAUGCCUCAAUUCUAACACUGGCGUCCUCAUCCAAGCGACGGCGCCGUAACUCACUUGACACCAAUGCUUCGGUGCGCGCCUUAGCCCCAUCCUCUGUCUUCGGCGGCAGCCGGGAGAGUUUGCCCCUGAGCGUCCUCAGCGGUACCAUUGGAGAGCAGCCUUCCAACACCUCCUCGCUUAACGCUCCAGGCGUUCUCAGUCGUCCUAGCUUGGUUGGACUUGCUAGCGUAGAACGUGCCAGUGUUUAUUCAGCUUCAGGCGCUAAUCCAUUGACCGGAAGUGGUGAGCGUGGUAAUUAUCACAAAACCGCCACCACGGCUGGGGACGCUGCGAGCAUUGUUAGUGCAGCUCAGUCACAUAGUCGACAUGAUAGUAACGCCACCAGCAUUAACGGCGCCGGGGUCAGUAACGUUUGGCAAGGGUCAUCCCAGCAGCAACACCAGGCAGCAGCAGCAGCAACAGCGGGGGGGCGCAUCAGUCGUCGCAGCUCAGGAUGGGGCGAGAUCAAUGGCGACGAAAGCGACGAAGAUAAGGUGCUCGGGAGAAAACCUGGAGAGCAUGAGGAGGUCAUGACAGAACCCUUGGCCAGAAAGUCGGGGCAUUAGGUCAAUGGCUGGCAAGCUCCGGGGUUGGUUUAUUCCAAUACCGCCGGUCUGGUCCGCAUGAGCUAAAUUUCCCUCAAAAUGCUCUUCUCAUUCAACUCCCUACAGACAAUCGCAACGAAG